AUGGGAAGCAGUGCCACUAAAUCCUCCUCCAGAGAAACACUUGUGUUUGCUGAUAAGAAUUAUGACUUCAGAAUCCCAGCUCUUCUUUACGUUAAAGAAUGGAACACAUUCCUGGCAUUUGCUGAGAAGCGCACCUCUACCAAAGAUGAACACGCAAAAAAUCUGGUGAUGAGGAAAGGCACGCGGCAGCCUGACGGCUCACUGCAGUGGUCUCCCACAGAGGACUUGAUGAAGGCGACCAAAGAUGGCUACCGCACCAUGAACCCCUGUCCUGUGUUUGAGAGGAACUCAAGAACACUGUUUCUGUUCUUCAUCUGCCUCAAGGGUAACACUCUGGAAUGUAUGCUCAAGCCAGGCCAGACUCGUUUAUGCUACGUCACCAGCACAGACUGCGGGGAGAACUGGAGCGAUUUAACAGACUUAACGAGCAGUGUCAUGGACAGCAACUUUACCAAUUACCAAACCUUCGCUGUGGGACCGGGCCACGGGAUCCAGCUGGGCAGCGGCCCACUGCUCGUGCCUGCCUAUGUGAAGGAGGUGGAGGGCUGUAGGCAAUGCCAGAGCUGCUGGUGCUGCUGUGGCUUCUGUGAGUGUGUGAGCACCCAUACUGUGGUGCUCCGCAGCGAGGACCUGCACACCUGGCAGGCAGGCCAGCCUAUCGCCCUGGAGUCCGGGGAGUGCCAGCUGGCUGAGGUGUCUGACGGAGAGGGUAGGAGGCAGGUGUAUCUGAACGCUCGCAGCACUGGGGAGCUACGGAUAGAGGCCCUGAGUGACGACGCCGGGGCAAGUUUUACCUUGCUAAACAACCUAACGCUAAAGGAGAGGCCUAACGGCUGCCAGGGGAGCACCUUGGCCUUCCCUGCCAGGGAGCUUCCAGCAGGAGAAGGGGGAUCCUCAGAGACGGCUCUGCUCUUCAGCCACCCGACCGCAGGGGAGGGCUGGGACAGGCUGGAGCUUGGGGUCUACCUGAGGAAGUCUCUCCAGGACCACCACGCCUGGGAUGAACCCUGCAUCAUCCACCCAGGGCCCAGUGGCUACUCAGACCUCACCUGCUGUGAGGAGGAGGGUCACUUUGGUUGUCUGAUGGAGUGUGGCGAGGGGGGACGUCUUCAGAUUGUCUUCAGAGAAUUCGAUCUCAUCGAAAUACUGCGCCUAGUUUAA